AAUUAUGUGCGUAUUUACAUAUUUUGAACAAACCUUCAUAUUUUGGUUUGGAACUGUCUUAGCUGGGAGAAUGGAAAAAGAAAGAAAACUGUAGACUCCACGGGAAGAUCUGCGAUUUCAUUCUCUCUUCUAACAGAGCUUUUUUCUUCUCUCUCGCUUUCACAAACCCUAGCUGCUUUCCUUCUCCCUCCACAACAGAGCUUUAUUCCUGAAUUUUGGAAUUCUUAGAGUUUUUCAACGUAAUAUCUAAUGGCUGGCCCGUAUCGAUCGAGAGAGGGAUUAAGCACCAGAUCGGCGGCGUUUGGUGGCAAUUCAGAGGAGUUUCAGGUGCGAAUCGAGCCCGACUUUGACGAGGAGGUCAGCGGUCUUCGCAAGCAAGUUCGACGGUUACGUGAUGUAGCUCAAGAUAUCGAGACGGAAGCUAAGUUUCAGAAUGAUUUCCUUAAUCAGCUGCAAAUGACAUUGAUCAAAGCUCAGGCUGGGGUGAAGAACAACAUGAGGAGACUGAACAAGAGCAUCGUUUGGGAAGGGUCGAGCCAUGUCAUGCACGUCGUUCUUUUUGCAUUGUUAUUGUUCUUCAUUGUGUAUUUGUUAGCCAAAAUAUCUCGAAGAUGAGGGCUCGAGCAAACUGUCAUGUACCUCCAUAACUUAUAAAGGUUGUUGUUUCUUAUUGACAGUCGUAACAUCCUAAGCAGCUUCUUGUAAAUACUCUCAUUUGGCACUUUGUUUGCAAGUCGCUUUUUUAAGGUUGUGCAAAUGGAAUUAUUACAAGGAAUAGCAUAUUAUUUCUGCCUU